CCUUACCUUAGCAAUUGUAAUGACCCCCGUCGAUUUUCUUUAAUUUUAGCCGUCCUUUCUGGAAGUAAGGCAUAUCUUCCUAAUGUUGCCAAAUGCACAUUUAUGGAAUAUUUCUGUGAUGCUCGUAAAUGCACCACGGACCUUUUCAAAAAUCUUCGGAAACACCCUGGAAACUGCAGGUACAAUACUUUAACUAUAAAGCUGCUUGCCGUAUAGUCUCAGUUACACAGCCGUUUUUAGUGUCGUCACGCAACGCGUUAGUGGGGAGGAGCGUUGCGUGAUGACACAAAAACAGCUGUGUAGCAGACUACCUGCUGUACGUCCUUUCUCCUAAAAGCCAUGGGUGAUGGGUGCCAGUAAAACGCGGGGCGGACCUGUUUUAGGGUUAGGAUUAGGGUUUGACACUAACCCUAACUCUAACCUAAGCCUAACCCUAAAAUAACCUCCCACGCAAACGUUCUUAGGGGUUCGUCACGCAAUCAUUCCUCUCCCACGAACGUUCGUGGGAGACUAACCCUAAAACGGCAUUCAAAAAAAAGAGAGAGACCUCGGCCCAGGCCCCGACCCCGGCCCUGCGUUUUACUAACACCCAUGGGUGAUCACAACGAACAGUACACAUGUCAAGUUCUAGAAAAUGGGACUAUUUGUUUAUCAAAGUCGCUGAUACUUUCGCUGGACCUUUCCUAUCUCAAAAUCGUAUGUCGCCCCAUGUAAGAGGUAAUUCAGAAUUUCGGAAUCCGGGAAAAGUUUCUUGUGGAAACUGGAAUGCAGGACUUAAGAAUUCGGAAUUGACAGCUCAAGGAAUUCGGAAUAACGAUAACGUUUACAAGCAGAAUCCAAAUUCCACUGACAAGGAGUCUGAAAUCCAGUCCCUGGGAUCCGGAAUCCACAGCUUGGAAUCCAGAAUCCAUGACUGUCUUGGAUAAUUUUAUACAUGGGGCGACGUCCGGUAGCGGGGGGCGGGGGAAUUACUCCCUUAUAUAAGUUAUAUGUUAUAUAGGUAUGUGCCGCCCCCGGGUAGGGUUUUUGCGCCGUUUUGGUCUGAAAACGGGUAUACGCUUAGCCCAUUUUGGUUUGGAAUCGGUUUUAGUUUUCGAGGGAACUACGGGAGUGUAUGAACGUAUUUAUCGUUUCAAUUCCAAAUGAGUAAGAAAGAAAAAGAAAUACGCGAAUUCGAAAUGGACUUGAAAUUUUUUGGCUUGCACUCUACUCUAAGUAAUGAUAACAUAAUUUCUGCCUAAAGGCCAGGUCUGUAAACGGAUAUGGAUUUUAGAGGUCUGGUCUGAAAAUGGGUGUGGAAAAUUAUAUUUUUGUGGUCUGAAAUAGGGUCAGGAUUUGGAGAACCGGGCGGCACACCCCCACCAAGAAUUCCCAAAAGUACCCCCCGGGGAGCGACGUCUGGAAAGCAUCGUUAACCAACACUUUAUAGAAAAUACCAUGCGCUAAAUAACAAUGCUUUCCUUCGAUUUCGGACGUAUAAAGUACAUGUUGCUUCUUCUAUUCAGAUAUCUUUUUGAGAUUAUAUUUUCCAUUUUACAUCCUUAGGACCAAGUUCGAGACAUUGACCAAAUGUGUAACUAAAACGAUUGAUAUUUGUGACGAAAAUGACUUACUAUCUCAAAGCCAGAUCAAGAGCAUUGUUCGUUCAAGUUUCGAUGAAAAUGUGUAUUGUUUGAAAGGUGGGUGGAAAGAAACAACUACUUCGUCGGGGAGCUUGCCAUGCAGCAGCUCGUUCGCCACUGAUGCAAACAACUGUCCAAGAAACUUCAGUCAAAGAUUCGCUGCAGACAAGACGGAUCCUGAGCUGUGCUCGUAAGUUAAAGUUUGAACAAAUACAAUAGACUAUAUUUACAUAACGAAAACGAAACGAACGAAACAAGCACUGUAGCAUUGUACCAGCUUGUUUUAAAGUGCCCUAAAGGGAGUUACAUUCAUGCCAAGUCAAGCGUUAGGGGUAUUUUGCAGAACGCAGAACGGCCGCCGAACGCCGAAUGACUCUGAAUUUUAGCGGAUUUAUAGGGUUAGGAAACUGUUCCAUUUUGGGUCAUUUCAAUAGGCAAAAUGACCUGAAACUUGAUGUUGGUUUUUGUGGAGGGGCAAAACAGAAGCACCCUGAGAGAAAAAUCUUUUAAAAGCAUGAAAGGGACCAACAAUAAAUUCGCCCUACAUAUAGCGUCCCAACUUGGAUUCGAAUUCGGGCGAAAUUGUAAACGGCAAGUGUCACCACCUGACUACCCCGCCCUUGCUCCCCCGUUGAAUUAGCCUCGGCUUUGCGGUCACGCUGGAACCAAAAUAUGAUCGCUACAGUUAAGCAGUAGGGGGCGUCAAAGAAGUGUUGAUAAUUUUCUGACGCGGCCCCUCCUUUCAUAGGGGAUUAAAUUAAGUGAUUGGUGUUUUGUUGGUUUACGGCCACCACGUUGAUGUCCCUCAUAUGGACACCAACAUUGCGUCUCCAUACAAAGCUCAUUGUUGAUCUAUAAAUUUAGGUCAAACAUUUCUCCAGAUAUGUCGCAAAUGAAAAAAUUGCACUGAUCUGAAUAUUGGGGGAGGCAAUAGCGGUGCAGAUGAAUUAAGAAUAAAAGGGGGUGACUCAAGAAUCCCCCUAUUCCCCUCGAGCUACCCCUGGCAAUCCUUAGAGUGACGUAUUACCUCUCUGCAUCUCAACAGGGAAUAUGCCAAAGCGAAGGGGUGUAUGAAGAACCUGAUAGCAUCAGAUUGUCACUUUACGUCUAGUGAGCAGGAGGUGUUAGAUCUAGGCUUUAGUGACUGGAAUCCUUUCUGUGAAAACAAUCGAGAUCCUGGGGCAACCGGAAAAGACCAAUGUGAUGGUGUGAAGAAACUCAACAACCCCCUGCAUAGCAACGGUCCUGCGUCCGCUAAAAUGAAAGUUGGCGUCACAUAUGCCUUGCUUAUUCCUUUUGUGUUGCCGUUGGUUUUCAGUUCUCGGAUGUGA